AUGAGAAUGAGGCCUGCUGUUGCUGCUCUUUCCGCUCUGUUUUCCUCUCUGCUCUUCCUCCUAAUCAAUGUGGAUGCCAGAGUCCCAGGAAACUACGGCGGCGGCGCCUGGGAGUCCGCCCACGCCACUUUCUACGGCGGCUCUGACGCCUCCGGCACCAUGGGCGGCGCGUGCGGGUACGGAAACCUGUACAGCCAAGGGUACGGAGUGAACACGGCGGCGCUGAGCACGGCGCUGUUCAACAACGGGCUGAGCUGCGGGGCCUGCUUCGAGCUCAAGUGCGCCAACGACCCGCGGUGGUGCCACCCGGGGAGCCCUUCCAUCUUCAUCACGGCGACCAACUUCUGCCCUCCCAAUUUCGCCCAGGCCAGCGACAACGGCGGGUGGUGUAACCCUCCCCGCCCGCAUUUCGACCUCGCCAUGCCUAUGUUCCUCAAGAUGGCCGAGUACCGCGCCGGCAUCGUCCCCGUCUCUUACCGUCGGAUUCCUUGCAGGAAGCAAGGAGGGAUAAGGUUCACGAUCAACGGGUUCAAGUACUUCAACCUGGUGCUGGUGACGAACGUGGCCGGAGCUGGGGACAUAGUGAAGGUGUCGGUGAAAGGCUCGAAGACGGGCUGGAUGGGAAUGAGCAGGAAUUGGGGACAGAACUGGCAGUCCAACGCGGUUUUGGCCGGCCAGGCGCUCUCCUUCCGUGUCACCGGCAGCGACCGCCGCACCUCCACUUCGUGGAACAUCGUGCCUUCGAACUGGCAGUUUGGGCAGACUUUCUCCGGCAAGAACUUCAGGGUCUGA